CUUUCAAGUCCAUUUCGAAUGUGCAGAACGGUCUGCGCGCAAAAGACCUACCAAAUGCGGUGAGGCAAGAGUAGGUAGGAUUCGAAGAGUCACACCUGAAGCAGCGACAGUGAAUGUCCCGUCCCAAAGAGUUCAACAAUACUGCCCUUUUAACCACCUUAGAAACCCUUAAAGGUUUCAUUCCACUAAAAUCAUGGCUAAAACUGCACUUUUGCUCGUCGCUGUUGCGAGUUUAGUGGUUCUCGCGGUUGGCAAAAAAGACAUGAUGAGGAAGAGCAUCGUCUACGACAAAAACACCCCAACAGUCUUCUACUGCCCAAUCCAUAAACCUUCUGGUUUCGAAAAGCUGAUAGUAAAGGCGAGACCGCUGAAGAAGCUGUGCGAAUUCGAAGGUAAACCCCUUCCCGAAGACUACAAGAGCGACUGCUACGAGAACGUCGACGAGAGCGAUUACGCGUGCAAGGAGAAAUACAGGAUCAUGAUGAGGAAGUACCCUCCGGGUUCCGAUAACCCCUUCGACGGUACGCGUCUCAAGAGAUUCUUGGAUGUGGACAGGGAGUAUCUGGCGAAUCAACCGCCUCUUCCCUUCACCAAGCUCAACCAGAAGCGCAGGAAGAGUUCCCUCAGGGACAGACUCGUCUUGCUCUGAGAAGAUUUAAUCUUCGCUCAACUCAAGGUUGAAACGCUAAAGAAGUAACCGUACUAAAAGGCUAAUGUGAUCCAUAAUAUAUAUAUAUUUUUAUAUGCAUUGCAACAUGCACGCAACUUGUAUAAACUAUAAACUUAA